CCGGCUCGGGUCAGGCGGCGGCAGCGGCGGCGGCAGAGGCCGCGGCGGGAGCGGCGCCGCCAUGGGGGAGCUGUUCCGCAGCGAGGAGAUGACCCUGGCCCAGCUCUUCCUGCAGUCCGAGGCCGCGUACUGCUGUGUCAGCGAGCUGGGCGAGCUGGGCAAGGUCCAGUUCCGCGACCUGAACCCCGACGUGAACGUGUUCCACCGCAAAUUCGUCAAUGAAGUCCGGCGGUGCGAGGAGAUGGACCGAAAGCUCCGCUUUGUGGAGAAGGAGAUUAAAAAGGCAAAUAUUCCUAUCAUGGACACUGGUGAAAACCCAGAGGUGCCUUUUCCACGUGACAUGAUUGACCUGGAGGCAAACUUUGAGAAAAUUGAAAAUGAGCUUAAAGAAAUCAACACCAACCAGGAGGCUCUGAAGAGAAACUUCUUGGAGCUGACAGAAUUAAAAUUUAUACUGCGUAAAACUCAGCAGUUUUUUGAUGAGGCUGAAUUGCAUCAUCAGCAGAUGGCGGAUCCAGACCUGUUGGAGGAAUCCUCUUCACUGCUGGAGCCGAGCGAGAUGGGAAGAGGUGCCCCGCUCCGACUCGGGUUCGUGGCUGGCGUGAUCAACCGCGAGCGCAUCCCCACGUUCGAGCGGAUGCUGUGGCGCGUGUGCCGCGGGAACGUGUUCCUGCGCCAGGCCGAGAUCGAGAACCCGCUGGAGGACCCCGUCACGGGGGAUUAUGUGCACAAGUCUGUAUUUAUCAUCUUCUUCCAAGGUGACCAGCUGAAGAACAGAGUCAAGAAGAUCUGUGAAGGGUUCCGAGCCUCCCUCUACCCAUGCCCAGAAACACCUCAGGAGCGGAAGGAAAUGGCUUCUGGUGUCAAUACCAGAAUUGAUGAUCUUCAGAUGGUGCUGAACCAAACCGAGGAUCAUCGCCAGAGGGUUUUGCAGGCGGCCGCUAAAAACAUCCGUGUCUGGUUCAUCAAAGUGCGGAAGAUGAAGGCCAUUUACCACACCCUGAACCUGUGCAACAUCGAUGUGACACAGAAGUGCUUGAUUGCUGAAGUGUGGUGUCCUGUUGCUGACCUCGAUUCCAUCCAGUUUGCUCUCAGGAGAGGCACUGAGCACAGCGGAUCCACAGUCCCAUCUAUUUUAAACAGGAUGCAAACCAAUCAGACCCCACCCACAUACAACAAAACUAACAAGUUUACUUCUGGCUUUCAAAACAUUGUUGAUGCUUAUGGCAUUGGGACAUACCGGGAAAUAAAUCCAGCACCCUAUACCAUCAUCACAUUCCCGUUCCUGUUUGCUGUGAUGUUUGGGGAUUUUGGCCAUGGAAUCCUGAUGACUCUGAUUGCUGUCUGGAUGGUGGUGAGGGAAAGCAGGAUUCUGUCCCAGAAGAGUGACAAUGAGAUGUUCAACAUGGUGUUCAGUGGUCGAUACAUCAUCCUGCUGAUGGGGCUCUUCUCCACCUACACGGGCCUCAUCUACAACGAUUGCUUCUCCAAGUCCCUCAACAUGUUUGGUUCCUCCUGGAGCGUCAGGCCAAUGUUCAAUAAAGCCAACUGGUCAGAUGCUUUGCUGGAGACCACCCCCCUGCUGCAGCUGGAUCCUGCUAUCCCAGGGGUGUUUGGUGGGCCCUACCCGUUUGGCAUUGACCCAAUCUGGAACAUUGCCAGCAAUAAGCUGGCUUUCCUCAAUUCCUUCAAGAUGAAGAUGUCUGUGAUUCUUGGCAUUUUCCAGAUGCUCUUUGGUGUUGCAUUGAGUCUCCUCAACCACAUCUAUUUUAAGAAGCCACUGAACAUAUACCUUGGAUUUAUCCCAGAAAUGAUUUUCAUGUCCUCCCUCUUUGGAUACCUUGUUAUUCUCAUCUUUUACAAGUGGACAGCCUACGAUGCUCACACAUCCAAGGAAGCACCGAGCCUCUUAAUACACUUUAUCAACAUGUUUCUGUUCUCCUAUGAGGACACCAGUAAUAAGAUGCUUUAUAGUGGGCAGAAAGGGCUCCAGUGCUUCCUCGUGGUGGUAGCCUUGCUGUGUGUGCCGUGGAUGCUGGUAGCCAAACCCCUGGUCCUUCGGCAGCAGUAUUUAAGGAGAAAACACUUGGGCACGCACAACUUUGGUGGGAUCCGGGUGGGCAAUGGCCCAACGGAGGAGGAUGCUGAGAUCAUUCAACAUGACCAGUUAUCUACCCAUUCUGAGGAGGGGGAAGAGUUCGACUUUGGGGACACCGUGGUGUACCAGGCCAUCCACACCAUCGAGUACUGCCUGGGCUGCAUCUCCAACACCGCGUCCUACCUGCGCCUCUGGGCCCUCAGCUUGGCCCACGCACAGCUCUCGGAGGUGCUCUGGACCAUGGUGAUCCACAUCGGCCUCAGUGUGAGGAGCCUGGGGGGAGGCUUGGGCCUCUUCUUCAUCUUUGCUGCUUUUGCCACGCUGACAGUGGCCAUUCUGCUGGUCAUGGAGGGGCUUUCAGCCUUCCUCCACGCUCUGCGCUUGCACUGGAUCGAAUUCCAGAACAAAUUCUACACUGGCACUGGGUUCAAGUUUCUCCCUUUCUCCUUUGACAUCAUCCGUGAGGGGAGGUUUGAUGACUGAGGACCCCCAUUCCAGCAGUGUUAAAUGUUGUGUGUGUGUGUGUGUGUGUGACUGUCCCUCCCCAACACCAAGGGUGUGACUGACCCUCCCCGUGUGUCCCUGUGAGUUGUGUGUAUAGUGACAGUAACUUAUUGCAGCACCCUUGAGCGUUACCAUGGCAUCCAAAGCCAAAAGCUUUGACGUUCUGGGGUAACAACACUGGAUCACAGAAACUUUUUGUUCCUUAAGUUUACUCCCAAAGGUACCAAGUGCAUGAGGUGUCUGUUUGGUGUGCAGUCGUGUGCUCCCUGUUUUGUGCAUUCCUUGGCAACUGAUCAGAAAAGAAAUGGCAGCUCUGCUGAGGGGACGAAACAGCACAACAAAACAAACAGAGAAAAGGCCCAACGACCUCAGCUUGAGAAGAGUGAGGGCUGCUUUCCCUCUUGCUGCUGGAGGCAGUGGUGAGGAGUCCUCAUGCACUGGGACUCAGCUGCCUGAUUGUGGCCUGGGGCAAGAUGGGGAGGGAUGAGCCUCGGUGCAGACUGUCAUUGGUGACUGCAGGUACUGCCACUUGCAGUGAAAAUUCUGGUGUUUCUGGUUUGAAAUCAAAGUCCUUGAGGCACAUCAGAUAGUGUAUGUGUGGGCUGGGCAUUGGUGGAGGCAGCUUUUGCACAGAUGGAUGUACCAGUGACUCACGUUGUCCUGUGCACUCAGGGUCUGAGGAGCCCUUUAAGGGAGAGCAGUGGCCCAGUCUUGCCAAAACAGCUCCAUGGCAAGGGGGUCUCUGUGGUGUGUCCCUGCAUUAGCUGUUGCUUUCUUUCCUGUCCGAGCUGUCAAUAUUUCCUUGCACUCCUCAACUCGAUGUAGCUGUAGCAGCAGUGGGGUGUGUGUUAGUGCUGAGUGUGACUGCCACGUUCAGUUCUCGCAGUGGAGGCAUUUGUGUAUGAGCAGGUUAGAACCAUAACGAGACUCAUGAACCUGGAAGCAAGGAGGAGAUGCCUCGAGGUGCCAGGCUGCUUGAAAUUAGGUGAGAAAGUUAGGUGUGCCUUGCACACUGCAAUGUGCACAUGUGUGGGCCACAUGCGCUGCACUUGGGCAGGCCCUGGGCACUCACUGUGUUACAGGAGGACGUGGUGGGCAUUCACAGAGGUGUUUGCAGACUGAAGGGUGAAAUCAAAGCGUGGAGCUGUGACAUGAGUCCUGCUGUGUUCUGCUGCCUGGAUGAAACGUUGCUGACAGUCACUGUAUAAAUAAAAUGAAC